CAGCAGCAGCAGCAGCAGCAGCAGCAGCAGCAGCAGCAGCAGCGGGGUGCAGUUUAGGGAGGCUGGGAGGUGCACUUGGAGGGCGCUGCUGCCCUUCAGCCCGCGGGUCUUCGCCACCAGAAACGAAGUCCUCCUCGGGCUCCCUGCUGCUGGGGCCCCCGCUGCUGCUGCUGCUGCUGCUGCUGCUGCAGCAGCAGCAGCAGCAAGUGCUGCUGCAGCAGAACCCCUCGACAGCGUCGUCGCCACACUCAGCCUCCCCCCCGCCUGCCAGAUGCUCGACAUCCAGGGCGCCUUCCGCGCGUGGGUCCGCCCCGCCCCAGCAGCAGCAGCAGCAACAACUGCAGCAGCAGCAGCAGCAGCAGCAGCAGCAGCAGCAAACCUCUUCGAAGUCAUUCUCCAAGUCGACCUCUCCCGACAGAAAACCCCCGCCAUCGACGCCGUCUACUACAAACGCCUCGCAACCACAGCAGACUUCGACCUCGCCACCGCCAGAGGCACUUACUAA